AUGGCGGACGAUACAGACGUAUCAGAUAGAGAACACGAUGAAUUGGGUAUUAAUCCGGGAAUUAGUGGUGAUAAAAGUUUCAAAUGUUGUACAAAACCGUGCAAAGUGUGCAUAUGCAGAAACUGUUCAGCUAUUUUCCACCACAGCUGCACCAAAAGGAUGAAAAAUAUCAAAAUAAUCAAUGAGAAAACAGUUGAAUGCUGUGAGGCGAAAAACGAGGAUGAUAAUGAGGGCUAUAGGUCUGAAAUUAAAUCAUUAAAAAUGGAAAUACAUUACCUGAAGCUUCUGGUGGAAGAAAUGAGGGAUAAAAACAAGAAAAAAAAAACCGAUGAUAAUGGAAUAAUAGUUCCCAUUAUCGAGAUAACAGAGGAAAAAGAAAACAAUGAUAAGAAUUGGAAGCAACCCAAAUCUAGCCAAUCAUAUGCAAGCAGAGUAGGCGCAAAAGUAGGUAGUUCAAAUGAACCAAAAGAAGAUAUCCAACAAAUGACAAGUCAGAGUAAACAAAUAAACCUUUCAACCCAACAACGCAUUAUAACACGACGCCAAAAGUCCAUGAACGAAAACAAAAUGAUUGGAACAAAUAUUGAAGAAGCUGUAAAACGAUAUGGGAAUACUGAAGACGGAAACCAAUAUCAGAACAGGAAAGUAAACAAAAGAAGGAUGGGGACAAUAGGAACAGGUAGAGAAACAGGUAACAAAGAUUUCGGAGGAGUUCAGAAAAAGCUGUGGAUAUAUAUAUACAGAGUAAAUAAAACGUACACUGAGGAUAAAGUUCAUACAUAUAUAAAACAGAAAACUGGCCUAGCUGAUAAUAAAAUAUGGACCAAAGAAAUUCCAGUGAAAGGAAAUGGCCUAAACAGAUUUGUUGUAACAGCACCCUUGGAUAAGAAGGAACUACUUUAUAGCUCAGACUUCUGGCCUGCUGGGAGUUUGAACCUGCUGGGAAUAAAUAUGGUAAACAAAAUGAUGAUAUGGGUAAUUCGGUAGGAUUUGGCAUACUACACCAAAAUGUGAGAUCAAUUGGCAAUUCAAAAGAA